AUGGAUUUUGUCCAACGCAUGCGACGUGCUCCACCAGCGGCGGGUGCCGCUUGCUGGGUCCGAGAAGACCCAGCCGACACCAAGCCUUCUGGUGGGGAUGAUGGAUGCGAGGGGCUGCUAGCCGAAAUAAUUCUAUGCAUUAUUAACAGAAUGGCGUCUCGGAGGGCACAUAAAAUACUAGAAUUAGUAUCAUCGAGUUCUUCGUUAUCUUUGCAAAGUCAUGAAGUUAAACCAAUAGCUGAAACUCAUAACGCUACUGUAGAAGACCUAAACAAUAUACCAAGUGAGAACAUAGAAAAUCUCCCACCAAAUAAAAAUCUUACCGAUCUACGAUCUACUGAUGGACAGGUACAAUCUGACGAUCAUAAAAAGUUGGAAAUAUCGUUAGUUAGCAGCUGCGAUGAAAUAUUAUCAGAAAAUGCAGACGAUCAUCUGCAUUUUAGCCAAAAAAUUGAUUCCCGGUUGAUUAGUUCUAGAAACAUAGAAAAUAAAUCUUGUGACACUGAUGAAAAGAGAUUGCCAACAAGCCUUGUGCCAGACUAUGACAGAGCGAUGAUUACAAUAACCUGGCAUGCAUUGGAGUUCAACAAGACAUAA